GAUGAAGAAGCAGCACACCUGCAAACCUGCCGCGACGAGUUGACACAGGACAAAGGUUUGCGGCAGUUCACAAGAGAUGUUCGCUUCAGGUAAGUAACUUGACUUCUCGACCUCCAGUUUCGGUCAUAAAGUUACGCUAGACUCAUGGCUCACAAGCACUAAAUGCACGUGACGUUUCACGUGCUCUCUCCGGGACUCGACCGAGCUCCGAGCUCGACCUCAAUUCGAUUUAACUCAUUCAAGCAGCAUUCUCGAUCAAGGCCAACGGCUGAUUCUUCCCAAUUGGCCACUUAACCCUCCCAAUCCCGACCAUGGCCAGCAAGCUCUGCAAGAACAGGGCCCUGGCCUUCGCCCUGCGGCCAGCGAACUCGUCCGUUGCAGCGCGCAGCAGCGAGGCCGUCGUGCGUUGUUUCGCGACAACCGCUCGCGCCAGCGUCGCUGUCCCCAAGGAUGCCCAGAACCUGCGCACUGCGCCUCGCGACCACGCCAAAGGCACCCUUCAGGCGCCUCUCGUCAACCCUGCCGACAAGUACCAGUCCAAGGCCGACAACAUGCACAAGUACGGCUCGUGGCUCAUGGGCUGUCUCCCCAAGUACAUCCAGCAGUUCUCGGUCUGGAAGGACGAGCUGACCAUUUACAUCGCCCCGUCCGGCGUCAUUCCGGUCAUGUCCUUCUUGAAAUAUAACACGGCCGCCGAGUUCACCCAAAUCAGCGACAUCACCGCUGUCGACUUCCCGACCCGUGACCAACGAUUCGAGAUCGUCUACAACCUGCUCAGUGUCCGGCACAACUCCCGGAUCCGCGUCAAGACCUACGCUGACGAGGCCACGCCGGUACCCAGCAUCACCAGCCUCUUUAUGGGUGCCAACUGGUACGAGCGGGAGGUGUACGACCUGUUUGGCGUCUUCUUCGUCGGCCACCCCGACCUUCGCCGCAUCAUGACCGACUACGGCUUCGAAGGCCACCCGCUGCGCAAGGAUUUCCCCAUGACGGGCUACACCGAGAUCCGGUGGGACGAGGAGAAGAAGCGCAUUGUCACGGAGCCGCUCGAGCUCACGCAGGCGUUUCGCAAUUUCGAGGGGGGAUCUAGCGCCUGGGAACAAGUCGGCUCUGGCGUCGACCGGACUCCGGAUACUUUCAAGCUACCGACGCCGAAACCGGAGGAGAAGGCCGAGGAGAAGAAGUGAGCGGCUCGGAGUGCUGUACAUAUUGUGCCAACAAAAGUUAUACAAUCCGCAUCCGAAUCAGAAGCAAGCGCUGUUUCUUGUUGGGGAAAUCUCAGGUGUGCGGAACCUGGUCCGCAAUGGUGUGUUUGUUGCGGUCCGAUGAGCUUUGGUAAUACCUGCCAUUUACCACCACGUCACAAAUCGACUUCCUCUGUUUUACCACCUCUUCUCCCAGCCAUGAACUCAUGAAACCAGGAGCCGGCAAACACCUGGUCUUUUCGGGCUGGGGUGAUGCUCCUGGCUCACAGAU